AUGGUCGAUUGCAUCAAAAACAAAUCUACCAACGACCUGAAUCCACCCACCAUUGUCGUGGUAGGAGGGCUGUGGUCCGGCGUGUCGGUGGUGAGACUGAUCCUCCAACAAUCGCACCCAGCCAAGGUGAUCCUUGUAUCGGCUCUGGAGCAAGCCUAUAACAACACUGCUGCUCCGAGACUUUUUGUCAAGCCUGAGCUUGUGGCUCAGACGGUGGUUGAUCUCCGUUUACUUGAAAAGCGUAAGGGGAAGCACGAGUUUGAAUUGGUGGUGGGUACUGCUACUAAGCUUGAUGUCGCUAAUAAUGAGCUUACAGUGGACACUCAGCUGGAACCGAUCAAAUACGAUUAUAUUGUGUUGGCCACGGGUCAACGGAGUGAAAUCCACGCGUUUAAACCUCAUGGCGAUGUGAGAAAACUGGUUGAUUCGGUUAAUGAAAUUAGUAAGGCGAUUAAGCAGGCUCAAAGCAUCUGUAUUGUUGGUGGCGGGGCUACGGGAGUGGAAGUGACGGGUGAAAUUGCUAAAGCAUAUCCUAAAAAGCUGGUGACGUUGAUUACCGGUGACAAAGAUGGUCCGUUAAAGCCGUUUGGGGCCAAGACCAGUCAGGCGGCGGAGAAGCGGUUGAACGACUUGAAAGUGACUGUGAUUAAUAAGAUGGGUGAGGUUAACGGUAAUAAAGUCACGUUUAAGGACGAUGAGAGCAAACUGAAGAUAUUCGACUUGGUGAUCCCUACUUUCGGGUAUACCCCGAACACCAGCUUUAUUCCCAAACAGUACUUGGACGAUAAGGAUUACGUGAAUGUUGAUGAUCAUUUUAAGGUUAAAGGUACUGACAACGUGUUUGCCACCGGAGACUGUGCUCUGACCACGGCAAAGUCGGCGGCUGACAUUAACUUGGUACAACUGCUGGUGAUUCAAAACACGAUCAAACGGGAAAUGUUUGGUGAAAACAUCUCGCCUAAGCAGUAUCAAACGGCCCCCUUGACCAGUCUCGUCCCUGUGGGUCCCGAUGGCGGCGUUGGUAAACUUUGGGGCUGGAGAGUACCCAGUAUUUUCGUGUGGUACGCUAAGGGAAAAGACUUUAUGAUUCCCAAGACCGAAAGCUUGUUGACUUAG